AUGGGAAAACGUCUAGCACUGCUUAUUAUUAAUGUUUGUCGAGCGUACUGGUCCGAAGGCUCUCCCCUCGACUUGCUCUCGAAUCCCGAAGCUGCCGCAUCUCCGGACUCAAUGAGACGGUUGUUGAGCGCGGCACGCAAAAGCAAGAUUCCGGUGAUAUGGGCGCAGGUUCGGUAUAACAAAGGCUUAAUGAUUGAUGGAGGGAUACAGUACAAGAAGUCCCAAGGAUGUUCAAUUUGGCAAGAUGGUGAUAAGCGGGGUAUGGAUGAAUGGCUUCCGGGUUUGACUUCUGAGCCUGAAGAAACGAUCAUCUUCAAGAAGAAUCCAAGUGCGUUCUUUGCGACAACUCUGACCACUGAGUUGCAACUUCUUCAGAUUGAUACUCUUGUCCUUUGUGGAGUUAGCACAAGCGGUUGUGUGAGAGCUACAGCACUGGACGCGAUAUGUCAUGGUUUCAGGCCAAUGGUCGUCGGAUCUGCAUGCGGUGAUCGGUCGACAGCGAUUCAGAAUGCAACUCUACGUGAUCUUGACACUAGUUAUGCAGACGUGGUGUCUGAAGAAGAAGCGAUAGACAAAAUGCUCGCUGGCUGGUCUUGAUAAAUUAACUUACAUUUAUUCAAAGAAGCGAACAAUGUACUUGGAUACCUCAGAGUUUUCCUUCUUUAGUAGUUCGAUAAAUUCUUUCCGUGCACAAGCAGAGUCAUCAUAAGUACCUG